AUGCAGUCACGAGCGUAUUUGGUGAUUUUUCUGGCGGUCGCAUUAGCAUUUGCCAACAAUGCAUCAGCGCAAGCCUAUGCCCAAUCUUCUGCUUCCGCUUCUGCAUAUUCUUCCUCUGGGAUCAAUGAGCCAGUGGUGAUCGAGAUCGAAACCCCCGAGGACCACCAGGAACCACCACAUGUCAAAGACGGGAAGCACCACGACCAAGGCCCUCUCAGCCAACCUGACCACCAUCCUCAUCCUGUAGAAGACCAAGGAACCUCCUGGCAAGACGCCACAUACGAAAGUUCCCCUUCUGGAGAAGCGUACGACUCCAGUGGUCAUUACCCAACAAAAACUGCAGCGGAUGAAAGUCAAGACUCUGACUCCAAUGGGCCAAGCGUCGAUCCGUAUUCAGCACCAAGUGGCUCCUACCGGGAAAACACUCCUCAUGUGAGCGGAGCUCAAUACGCAACCAACAUGGGUCCAGGUGAGGGCAGCUCCUACUCGCCCACUCAGUCGGAUGAUGGAGAUCAUUCAAACUCUCAACAACAUGACCAGGAUCAUAUUUCCCAGGGUAGACACGAGAAGACCUCAUCUACUGGUAAAGGUGCAGCUAGCAAUCUGGGCGACCAAGAAGCGAAUACCGGCAGCUCGGAUGAUGAUGAUUUCAUUCGUGCACCCAUGUUCGAGUAUCCUGAUGAAGGAAAAGACGGACAAACCUUCGAUGAUGAAGAUCCUUCCGCUAAAAAUGACAGAGAAAAAGAUAGUGACGAUGAAAUUUACCCAACCAGAACCAGUGGAACUCCAACUAGCUACUCUCGAGGUUCAGGAGGUAAUGGUCACCCAGCUGGUUACCUCGGUGUUCCUACUGGCGAGCAGCCUUACUGUCAAGGACCGCUCGACCCUGAGACGGGAAAAGGUAUCAUCGAUAUCAACGGAAGAUGUACAAUAGUCUGUUAUAACAACCUUGUCUUGAACCGAGAUGGCAACAAUUGUAUUUGCCCUCCAAACCUACACCUUGAUCACAGUCAUUCCCGCUGCAUCUGUCACUCUCCCUAUGUCCUUUCAGGAGGAAAAUGUGUACUUCCACCUUCGCAAAGAGCUCAAUCUAGCCAUAAGAAACGAUCCAUGAUCACUCAAAUCCCGAUCGGUGAGGAAUUGCUACACGGGAAGUACCUUCGUACAGAAAAGGACAGGGUCAACUGUCCUGCCUCAGAGAUUGCUUGCCCACUACCUUCUGGGGAUUGGGAGUGUCUGGAUCCAGAAUUCACCCUAGACUCAUGUGGCGGUUGUGUCUCAGAUGGAACUGGAGUUGAUUGCUGGGCACUGGAAGGAGUUCAAGGCGUAGGAUGUGAUGCAGGACGCUGCCUUGUAUUCUCUUGUUUAUCCGACUAUGAACUAGUGAAUGGUAGCUGUGUACCUCGAAAGAAUUGA